AUGGUGAACAGUGGUAAAAAUGAAUGCUUAAUUUGUAAAGUUCCUUGCCAUACCGUUUUGCUCUCAAAACAUACCAGCUCUGAUGUCCAGACGUUGUUUAUGAGCAUAGACAGUCUGUGUAAGAAGUACUCCCAGGAGACCUCCCAGAUUUCAGAAUUUCAAGAAAAACACCGGAGGAGAUUGUUGGCCUUCUAUAAAGAAAAGAUCUCUCAGUUGGAAGUGUCUCUUAGGAAAUCAGUGCUCCAGACUGAGCAGCUACAAAGUAGCAGAUUAUCACAACAAACAGCUUUUGACACAAUGAAACAUUCAGUUUCAACAAAGCCAAAUGGAUAUGUCUUGCUGCUUCCUAAUUCAUCCGCCCUUGAAAGGUUGGAGUCGAUGGAAGUUGACCUUACUCCUCCAGUGCAGAAACCCGAGGUAGCAGCAGGGCCUGCAAGGAUCUCUCUGAUUAGCCCGCCUCAGGAUGGACGCAUGGUUUUAGCUGCCUGCUCCGCUAGUACUCAUCUUCUCUCCCCCUGGAUCAUGUGGAUGCCUGUGCGGGGUUCAGCAGAGGACUUGGCAGGCAGGGCAGAGCAGGCCAGCGUGGGCAACGCCACCCAGAUGUGCCACCGCAGGAGUCAUGCCGGCCCUGUGCAGCUUAAAUAG